AUGCAAGAAAAGUGUGCUCUUUGCUUUGUGCUACUGUGGUUAGCAGUUGGUGCAUUAGGAUAUCGAACAGAAGAAUUUCGAUGUGAAAACGAUGGCUACUAUAGUUCUGCAAUAGCGACAUUUUAUGAUGUGAGCAUUGAAGCCUCGACAAUGCCCGAGUUUGUGUGUAACGGUGGCUACAAUGUACAGCAAGUAAAGUUUGAAAACUGCACCGUGGAAGAGUUGCCUAAGCAGUUGUUCGACUCAUUUAAUAGUAUACAUAUUGCAAACCUCACUCGCAGCGGUAUCAAAUAUGUGAAUCGUUACAGUCUCGAAAGAGCCAUUUCGCUACAAAUUCUGGAUCUAUCGUGGAAUGCGUUGAGCGAGUUGACCGCGAAUUGUUUUGCCGGGGCAAGUCAGGUUACCAAACUCGUUUUAUCAUACAACAAUAUAAGCUCUAUUGAUGAUAUGGCCUUCAAUUCGCUGAUAAACUUAAAGAUUCUUCUAUUAACUGGAAAUAGGCUUCGCUCGUUGAACAACAAAAUGUUUGCAACGCUCGGCGAAUUACACACCAUUUAUCUAGACUCCAAUGAGCUUCAAGUGAUAGAACGCAAUCUCUUCUCCAACAAUGGUCAACUACAAAACAUUCUUCUGAAAAACAAUCGUAUCAGUGUGGUCGAGGAAGGGGCAUUUACCGUCGAACCGUACUCAGGAUCAGUUCUGAGUAUUCUUUCAUUAAGCAACAACAACCUAACAAAACUCAAUCUGAGCGGGGUAAAAGUGAAGAAAGUGUACGUGGCCAACAACAAGCUCGAGGAAAUCUAUCUCUCCUCCUCGAUGGAAUUAGUUUCCGCAGGGAACAACAGAAUUGCAAACAUUUUAAUGGACAACGCAACGAGCAUGAGCCUAACGACACUCGAUUUGGACAAUAAUUCCAUCACGUCCUUUGAAUCGAUUAAUCAUUUGACAUCGCUCGUGAACCUCUUUCUAUCCAACAACCGGAUCGGCCCAUUGAACCUCACGAGCUUUGCGAAGCUUACCAAACUCGAACAGUUGGGACUGGAGCGAACGCACAUCUCCAACCUCCAACACGGUACCUUUGCCCAGCAGGAGUCACUGAAGUGGCUGGACCUGAGCUACAAUAAUCUGGAUCGAUUCGAUUUCGACAUCCUCACAUCCUCCACCGCACUGGAGAAGAUCUUUCUCGACGGCAAUCGGCUAAAAUCGCUUGACUUUCAAUACCUCAGAAAGACGUUCCCAUCACUCGUGAAGAUUGGUCUGUCCGAUAACAACUGGAACUGCACAUACCUGAUCAAGCUCGUCCGCUAUUGCACCGAACAUUCAAUCGCGCUGUUCAAAUCCCAAUCGUCCGUGCUGAACCAGACGAAUGUGAAGGGUAUCUACUGUUACGACGAUAAGAAUCCUCUCGCCAACUUGAACACUACCAUGCAGCAGAUGCAGAUACUGCAUCCACAUCUCAACGGUUCCACAGAGGACGGUGCUCUGCAGUCGUUGCUCCAAAGCGUUCUGGAAGAUGUGCGUCGUUUCAGCGAUAGCAAUGCAGACGUCGCGAAUCAAACCACCAAACUCGAUGGCGCAGUGUACGAUCUGACAAAGAAUCAGUUUGCCCUGCAGAAGGAUCUCAACGGGCUGCGGCAGUCGCUGUUCGAGAUACGGUUGGCCUUGAUGUCGAACCGAACAAACGGUAGUGCCGGUGUGAAUAAUGACGAGUUGCGUCGCAUGAUCGAGACGGCGAACAAUUUAACGCUCGACAAACAGGAGCUGAGUGUUAAAACGCUCGAGUUUAAGAUCUACGAACAGACAUUCAAGGUGGAUAAAGCACUGGAGCUUGCGAAGGAGAACAGCGAUAAGAACACGCUGCUGGCGAAGCGAGUCGAACAGUGGAAUAGCAAUAUUGCUGGUUCCGGUGGUAUUGCUUUGCUAACGCAGGAUAGACAGCAACAGCUUGUGCAACCGAAUGCGGCACAUGUAAGCGGAGGCAACGGCGACCAUGCGCUGAUGGUUGCGAUGUUUGUAAUGAUGUGUCUCAUGAUGGGGGUGAUUGUGUUUGGCUUUUAUAAAUUUCAUCGCCGUUCACUUAACGCCGAACGCAAUCGUUAUGCGAACAGAGAGAGCCUGGCAGCGAUGAUCAAUAACGAUAUUUGA